CGAGGAUGCACUCAAGUUAGGAGUAGGAAAAGGUUGCCUUUUUAUAGGUUCAAAGAGGCACCGCCGUUAAGAGGCUCAAAAAGAAGGAAUCACAAACAAAUGAAACUCUAAAAAAACUAUGGAUGAUGUCUUGGAAUGCACGCUUCCAACGGGGAAUGUGGUAAGAGGAGAAAAUACCGAUCUAACCUUGAAAGAUUAUUCAGACACAGUCAAAUACCUCGAACAACUGCAAGAAAUCAAUGUGAAAACCUUCACCGCGGAACUCGAAAGAAAAGAAACUGGAAUUUUAGAAGAGACGGCCAACAGGGCUCUGAGCUCCCCUGUGCCUUUCAACAGCAUAAUGUAUGGAUCUAGAAGUGGGCUUUACGCAGGUCGAGUGUCAGGGCCAAAAUUUUCAGGCGAAACGCACGAAGACCCCGUAGCGUCAAGAAUGAGAAAUUACAGUAGAAGUUAUGACUCUUUUGAUCAGGAAGAAAUAACUUGUGGCGCCGGCAAUGGAAGGUUGAUUAAUCCACCGGAGAGAAGUACUGCAGCCAUGUUUGAUUAUCAUUACACGGAUCACAAUACACAUGGUGGAAUGUCCACAUCAAGCGGUGUUAAGUUGCCAAACGUGAACGCCGCGCAAAAUGGAUUUGCGGCAGAAAAUGCUGCUUUGCAUUAUUCUCAAGGUGUUGGAGUAGAAUCCUUUCCUCCCUCUCUCCAGAACUGUCCACAGCCGGUAAACAUAAACCCUCUAGCGGGCUUAUCAGAGCUGGCCGAGAAGGCAAACUUUGUGUCUGAACUCGCCAGGAAUGGCGUCGCUCAGUCUCGGUUUAGCUCUCAAGGAAGUCGCGGCCAAAUAAAUCGCCCGGCUCGCCAGUACAGCUACCCAGAAGCACCGCGUAGUCGCAGUUGGUCAAGUUCGGGUUCUGAUGGCGUUGGAAGCUACUUCAAUGGACGACAACAGUCAUUUCGAGCUGACAACUUCUCGCCAUCCCUGUCAACAGGGAGCUCCGCGCUAUCUGACUCAGAUCUUGGCAGUCCAUGUCAUUCGACACAAGCACGGCAUUUCUUUCCGUACAGCGAGUCCGAUUCGGACCUUUCACCAACGGAACCGAGCCCUGGCUAUGCCUAUGAUAGAAACAGGGCAUACCAAAACUAUAAUCCGAGGUCGUUUGCGAAUUACCGGGUGUGGAGUAACCAGGCAGAAUCUAUCACUCCCAACGUCACCGUCGUACCGGGGAGCAAAUUAUCGCCACUGUUUAAGUCUGGAAGCCGAACGACAAAAUCUGAGCAAAUUCUCAAAGAACAUUUGCAAACAUUUGGUAAGUUUUUGUCUCCGCCGGCGGACAAAGACAACAAGAAAGCUCCCCUGGCAGAGAACGAGAAAAAAUGGAACAGCGGAGAGGAUUCAGUGAAAGAAGAGAAGCCUCCUACCAGCUCAUCAAACGUUAUAAAGGAAUCGCUUCCCAGCGAAGAGAGCAGUGUGUUCCCUUGCAAAUGGGUUGGGUGCGAUGGACUUUAUUCAGAGCAAGAUGACUUAGUGCGGCAUAUAGAGAAGGUUCACAUCGACCAAAGAAAAGCUGAUGAUCUUUACAUAUGUUACUGGAAGGAGUGUAGCCGACAGCGUCGCGCUUUCAACGCCAGAUAUAAACUGGUGAUUCACAUGAGGGUUCACUCGGGUGAGAAACCCAACAAGUGUACGUUUCCAGGAUGUAAUAAAGCAUUUUCCAGGCUUGAAAAUCUGAAGAUUCACAUGCGAUCACAUACUGGUGAAAAACCAUACCUUUGCCAACACAUAGGCUGUCCAAAAGCAUUUUCAAAUUCAUCUGAUCGGGCUAAGCAUCAAAGAACACAUCAAGAUACGAAACCAUAUGCCUGUCAAGUACCUGGCUGCCCCAAGAGAUACACAGACCCUAGCUCACUAAGAAAACACUUCAAACAACAUGCUAAUGGAAAGAUGCCACAGCAGAACUCAAAUGGGAAGUCUAAACAGAAACCUAGAGGAAAUCGAUCAUCAAAAAGAGAUCUGCUCUGUGCUGGAGUGACACGACCUCCACCAGAGUUUGGCUAUGUGGAUGAGUUUCAGGCCAGAAAGAGGCAGAAAACACUGGAUACAUUGCGUCAGACCACUGAGAAAAAAAUGGCACUUGAAAGUAGUUUUGCUCAGGCACACCUGGAUGCUCAGAGAGCUUGGUAUGCAGCAGAAAGUGUUUAUGGGCAAUAUAAUCCACCACCUUUGCAACCUGUUGCUAGGGCAAGCACACCAACUCCAGAGGAAGAACCUGGCGCACUUCAUUUCACUCAAAUGUUAAGUAGCAUGGAGAUACCAACAUUUGAAGACACACUAAAGCCAUUAUCAAGUGCAUAUUGAUAGCCAGGAGAAAAAUUCAAAGUCUGGGAUGUUUCUGGAGAAGCAUUAAAAUAGGCUGUGAAGCAGAUUCUUUUCGUUCAAGGGUUUAACGCUUCCUCUUAGGAUAUUAUCCGAUGAAGUAACUUUGCAAGGAUCUGGUUGGGAAGAACUAUUGACUAGAAAACAUGGUAUAAUAGGAUAUUAUACAGGAAAUACUGGAGAUAUCUAAGGCUGGAAAAGAAAGCUAUUUUAUUACAAAAACAGCUUAAUUUUAUAAGGUGCAUAUAUGAUGUACAAAAAAGUUAAUAAUACAUCAGCUUCACUUGCAAAAAAAAAAACCAGUUUAUUACAAAGAAAAGAGUACAAAUGGUUCUAGAAGAAUGAGGUUAUUAAAAGAAAUCCACUUUUGUAGACUGAGAAUCAUGUGUACAAUGCAAAGAGUAAAACUUGACGGUUGAGUUAAGUUAGCCCUGAAAUAACUUUUAGGUCAACUAUGUUCAAAGUUUACAAAGUCAAUUUAUUUUUUGAAAGCUGUUCCUGUUUAUAACCAGAUUGUGAACAGUGAAAAUUAAUUUAACAACCUUAUGCAUGAAAAUCAGAGUCUUCUAUUUUGAUAAAUAUGUUACUCUGAAUGGUAGAGGAUAUUCUUUUCGACAUUUCCACAAUUAAAUGUAGGAAUUGAGGAUGAAGAACAUUAAUUAAACUUGCAUGGGCAUGCAAGCACCAAACACUAAGACAGAUUAAUGGAUAGUUUUGGUAAUCUUGUACAGUUACAAUUAGAAAUAUUGUAUAAUUACUAGUAGUUUUGUGCAUCUUGAAGAGAAUCAUUUAAUAAUUUAUUGCAAUUUAAUCUGGGCCUAGGGAAAAUAGAAACAUCAUAGUUUGUACAA